AGGCCAAACAAUUACGAUGAAUAAAAUAAAAUACGUUUCAAAUAUUUACAUGUUUACUGUCACGGCUUUGAUCAAUCCUUACCUAAACACACCAGAUUCAUUCUUCGGCCAUGGGUGCACCGCUGCCGCAAAAAAACGAGUCCCAACACACACCUUGGCUCUACGACAUCGACCCAGAUGACACCAACUGGAUAAUCACUAGCUCCUUCAUGAUCUUCACCAUGCAGACAGGUUUCGGAAUGCUGGAAUCCGGCUGCGUUUCCAUCAAGAACGAAGUUAACAUCAUGAUGAAAAACGUGGUGGACAUCGUCCUCGGAGGCCUGACUUACUGGAUCUUCGGAUUCGCCUUUUCGUUCGGUCGCAGUCCCCUCAGUAACAGCUUCAUUUCAUUCGGCGACUUCUUCACCGACCCGAGCCUGAAGGACCCCCUCAAGGGUGCCAUCUACGCCGCUUUUAUUUUUCAGCUGAGCUUUGCUACUACCGCCACCACCAUAGUAAGCGGGGCGAUGGCUGAAAGGUGCAACUUCAAGGCCUACUGCAUCUUUAGUUUCUUCAACACUGCCAUCUACUGCAUUCCGGCUGGGUGGAUGUGGGGGGAGCAGGGUUUCCUCAAAAAACUGGGUGCUGUGGAUAUCGCCGGCUCCGGAGCUGUUCAUCUUAUUGGAGGGAGUUCUGCGCUGGCGAGCGCCGUGAUGCUGGGACCUCGUCUCGGUCGGUACGACAAUGGGAUCAAGUCGCUGCCUUUAGGGAACCCGGUGAAUGCAGUGAUGGGUUUGUUCGUUUUGUGGUGGGGCUGGUUGGCCUUCAAUUCGGGAAGUACGUAUGGGCUGAGUGGGGAGAAAUGGCAUUAUGCCGCUAGAGCUGCGGUGAUGACCAUGAUGUCUUCUUUCGGAGGUGGUACUACGAGCCUUUUGUAUUCUUUGAUUAAGCUAAAUGGGAAAAUCGAUACUAUUGAUAUUAUUAACGGGAUUUUAGGAUCGUUGGUGGGCGUUACAGCUGGAUGUUUCUUGUACCAAGCAUGGGAAGCUCUACUAAUCGGUUGUAUCGGUGCUCUAUUAGCUUGCCUUUUCAUGCCACUUUUCGACAAGCUGGGGAUCGAUGAUCCUGUUGGUGCUAGUGCCGUACAUGGAGUGGGCGGGAUUUGGGGAGUUUUAGCCGUGGGAAUUUUCGCCCAAGAUCCCUACCCUCUCAGGACCACGAGCGGUCGUAGCGGUCUGCUUAGAGGUGGCGGGUGGUACCUCCUCGGUGUGCAGAGUCUGGCGUGCGUCUGCCUCUCCGCCUGGGGGCUCGUCUCGUCCAUGAUUCUUCUCUGGACCAUCAACAAGUUCGUCACCAUCCGCAUGGAGGUACACGUCGAGCUGCUCGGUGCGGAUCUGACUGAGCACUUUGUCAGACACGGGAAUGUGGGCGUGUCUCGUGCGAUUUCCACCCUCGGGCCCGUCCUGGACACGGCCAAGGUUAUCAACUUGGACAACGUGGGCACGAAUCCCAUGCACGAGAAGAACCUCAACGUCGUCAAGAAUCUGUCGAGGAAAAAGCGGUACAGGUUUUCUAAGAUUCUGAAGGACAUCACUAGGAACAGGAACUUAGGGAUCAAUAUCGUUGGUAAUUUGCUCCCAAAGAAGGCGAGGAAGUCGACUGCGAAAGAGGCGAAUGGAGACCGGAAGGAGAAGGAGACACAGAUCGCCUGGGUGAACUAAAAUGAAAUAGUUGAUUAUGAAA